AGUCAUGACAACUCUUAAUUGAGAAGGUUUUUGGGAAAGCCUUUACAUCUACCAGAAGACUGUUGUCAUUAGCAUCAUCGCUAACAGCUGCAUAGUGACAGACAAAACUCACACACACACAGAUAGUGUCAUUCCCGCACCGUUGCCUCUUCAGAAAGGUGCAUGAGGUUGAAGCUGAACAAAGACGUGGAGGUGAUGCUAUUAAAGUUGUCUGCAAAUAUGAGAGAAGAGUCAAGGAGUUCACCUACCAGACUGAAGAAGAAUAAGAAGUAUGUGAACAGGCUCCAGGAUCUGGUGGACAAGCUCCAGCUCAAAGUGAAGGCCUACAAGAGACAAGCUGAGGAGGCUGAGGUGCAGGCCAACACUCACCUGUCCAGGUUCAGGAAGGUGCACCAUGAGCUGGAGGAAGCUCAGGAGCAUGCUGACAUCGCUGAGUCCCAGGUCAACAAGCUGUGAGCCAACAGCCGUGACGCUGGAAAGUUGAAGUACAAAAAAAAGACACUUCUGUGGAAUGGCAAGGAAGCAGCUGAAUAGGAGAUGUGCCACAGAUGAGACACACUUCCAAGCAGUCACACAAUAUGAUCUUCUUGUGAAAUGUCAACAGUGAUCAAGUAAAGUCAAAACUUUCUCACA